AGACGCCGGUCCCGCCGCCCGGAGAAGAGCGCUCUCUCUCCUUCUCCGUGGCGGGCGGCUGCUUCCCUCCGGCGGACUUCUCGGAGCAGCGCCGCGCCAUGAGCGGAGGAGGAGGCAGCAGCCGCGGGCGCCGGGAGAGCCGCGGGGCCGCCCGGCCGCCGGGUCCCAGCGCAGCAGACUGAGGCAGCGGCGGCGGCGAGAGCGGGACGAGGCGGAGGAGGAGAAUGCGACGCGCGGGUCUGGCCGGGCUGGGCUUGGUGGCCGGGCUGUGGCUGCUGGCCGUGGUGGCGCUGGCGGGGCUGUGGAGCGGGCGCGGCGCCCCGGAGCCCGGCGUCGAAGCGGCGUCGAGCGGCCGCCUCCUCCGGCCGCCAAGCCAAGCGGCGCAGAAAACUUUCCGCGCGCUGCUUACGCUGCCGGGACAACCCUCGGAGGGGCCGGGCGAAAGUGGGCAGGAGCCGCCGCCGCCUGUUCCCGCGGAUCCGCCUCGGGGCGUCGCGGAGCCGCCCGUGCGCGGCGGGAUCUUUUGGAGCCGGGCGCUGGAGGCGCAAGUGCCGCCGGGCUUCUCGGCCGAGGAAGCGGCGUCGUGGCUGCGGGCGGCCCGCGAGGCGCGCGUCGUGUCCCUGGAGCGCGGCGGCUGCGGGCGCAGCUCCAACCGGCUGGCGCGCUUGUCGGACGGCAGCCGCGCGUGCGUGCGCUACGGCAUCAACGCGGAGCAGAUCCAGGGCGAGGCGCUCUCGUACCACCUGGCCGGGCUGCUGGGCAUCCAGGAGCGGCUGCCCCCUUUGGCGCUGGCGCGGGUCGAAGCCCGCGGAGGGCAGUGGGCUCCCGUGCGCGACGAGCUGCGCGGUUCCCCCUGGGCCGACGGCGCCGUGGUGAGCCUGGCGCGCUGGGUGGACAACCUGACCGACGUGGUGGCUCCCGCCCCCUGGCGGGCCGAGGCGGGCGCGGCGGCGACGUCGGGCCCCCGUCGGCUGCAGCCCCUGUCGGCCGGGGAGCUGCGCGGCCUGAGCCAAGCGCAGCUGGUGGAGCUGGUGCAGUGGAGCGACCUGAUCGUCUUCGACUACGUGACGGCCAACUUCGACCGGCUGGUCAGCAACCUGUUCAGCCUGCAGUGGGACCCGCGGGUGAUGCAGCGCGCCACCAGCAACCUGCACCGGGCGCCCAACGGCGGGCUGGUCUUCCUCGACAACGAGGCGGGCCUGGUGCACGGCUACCGGCUUCUGGCCAUGUGGGACAAGUACAACGAGCCGCUGCUGCGCUCCGUCUGCGUCUUCCGAGAGGCCACCGCCCAGCGGGUGCGGGAGCUGCACCGCGCGCGCAACGCCGCCGCCCAGCUGCUCCACCUUUACCGGACCCGGGAGCCCCUGGCCGGCGUCUUGGGCUUCCUCUCAGAGCAGCAAGCGCAGCUACUGCAGGACCGUGUCGACUUUGUCCACAAGCACAUUUUGCACUGCAAAGCCAAGGCUGCCUCGCUGUGACCCCUCUGGACCUGGGUGGAUUUAACAUUUCAAUGGGCGUAAGGAAGGCACUGGAAGUGUGCCCGGUCGGGCAGUGUCCCUAAAGGAGGUGAACGCAGGGGCCGCGGUUGUAGGUGGAUGGAACGCAGCUUCUGGUCUAGAGCACUUCUGGAAACCUUGCCUUGAAAUAUCUGACCAGCCUGCCGAAAAAUGAACUUCAUAAUUGAGAGCAUUUUUUUUUUUUUUGUGGGGAAGGUGUAGAGACUAGUUAAUGGUUCCCAGACAUUUUCCUGCUGGGAUCCAUCAGCAGAAUGUGGUCUUCCUUUGUUUGGUGCACACAGUUUAAAUUCCAACCCCAAAAGUGAAAUUUCUGACUAGGCAACCUUAUGCAGGCUGUACUCCCAGCUUCCCACCCUGUCCUCAAAAAGAGACCUGGGUUGGCUUAGAUUUUUGUCAGAGGGAUGCACUGAAGACAAUGGCCUUUUUAGGUGUAAGGUAUAAUGCUGCCCUGAUGCACCUGUCAUGCACUAUUGUCUGCUAUAAAACUAGGCCAGGUAAUAUCCUUCCAUUGCACAGUGUGUUGUUUUUCUUUUCUUUGUGUCUGAAGUAAUUAGGGUCCAAAAUAACUUUGAGGGACUCAGUUUGUGGCCUGGGAGUAUGUGAUGCUGGAACUAAAUGGGUGUGGUCCUAACUAGUCCCUUGGAUAAGAGGCCACUGGGAGCCUCCUGUAACAUCAUGGCAUAAUGAUAAUAAGUGUAUCUUUUAAUUGCUAUAUAUUUCCCUGUAUUAAUUUCAUGCCAAAUUUCUCUUUCAAGUGUGCCCCCCCCUUAAUUGCUCUUAUAAGAGCAUCCCUUAAGAAUUCACUCUGAAAUACUCUGUGCAAAAGCUGUUGCCAUGGUUGGGUGGAACUAGCUAUCUUUCCCUUCCAGUGGGGAUUUGUAUGUGCACAAGAUUCCCUGUAACAAUCCCCUUUAUUUUAAAUGAAAAAGUACUUGCUAUCCAGUAACAAUCUGCAUCUAUCCCACUUACGGACUUGCAUUUUCCUGUGGCUCUUCCUAGCCAGGGCGGACAUAGUUUUGACAAAAGUUAGUAUUUUUAAAAAGAAGAAGUGAUGAGAAAGUCACUAUUUCAGUAGCUCUUGACUUUAACCAGUGAGAAGAAUUUGGCAAAUAUCAUUAGUUUCUCUGUGUGUCUGUUUUUAUAUGUAACCACUGCUGUACAGUAAAUAAUUGACUAAUGGGGUGAUGGAGGAGAAAAUAUUCCCAGGUUUAUAUAGUAUUGUCAGUGUAUUAAAAUGUUUUGAUGCAUUAAUCUGGAGGAGGAAAACAUCAGUUUCAUGCACUUUACUUUGACUUUUCUUAUUUUUUUUAUAAAAAGACUUUUUUAUUUUAAAAGAAGUCUGCAUUUUAGGUACAUGACAUAUGUUCUUAAGCUCUUCUGUAACAUACUAAAGAAAUGGAUAUUUCAGUAAAAAUGUGUUAAAAGUUU